UGACCUUUCAUCGCACACGCAGCGUGGUGCUGCUCGCGGUCCCGCAAGCCUCGAAGCAGAAGGCAGCAACAACAACGAUGACAACAACAACAACAACGUGGACAUCUAACAACAACAAUAAUAAUCGGCAGGUUUAAUCGCUUGGUUGCGAUAUUGUAGAGCGAGCGGGCGGGUGAACGGGCGUGCGUGCGUGAAGCUCGCACUUGAACCCCGAUUGACGCAAGGCCCUAAUUUAUGUCGUAUUUUAAAAAAAUAUUUUAACACGUAAUGACCUCAGGCUGUUGUAUCGGGGCUCCUCGGUGUACAAUUUGACUGUUAAUUAAUUUAUUUUAAAUAACGUUUUUGUAAAGCGAUAAGCGUAAUUGAUGGUUACGAUUAUUAUACAGACGUCAGACUACUUUAUCUUAACGCGGGAUCGAUCCUUCGGCCUAAGCGGAUACAGUAAACGAUAACGUUCGAAUAUAUAGUAAUCGUAUUAUUUAUAUGAGAACAACAAUCAUGUUUUUGCCUUGAUUACAAUCAGCGUGGCGUUCCACGCCGGCGUAUCGGGCACUCGCUGAUUGAUCGAAGGGUCUUUGAGAGGGGGACGACUUUGUUGUUGAAGAGGCGAAGGUGGUGGUGGUGGAUUUGAGUUAAUCAUUACCCAGCGUCAACCUCGUUUUGAAAGAUCAGUGGCCGUGCACUUGCGCCCCCCCCCCUCCAUUCCCCACCCCACACACCCCCCGUGCGCUCGCCUCUCGUCGUACCGUGGACCCUGCAAGCGGUGACCGCAUGGCCGAGCGGCAUGCCACCCCCGUGGCCCCGGUGGACGGCGUGGGCGCCACGCGGCCGGCGCCCCGCCUGGACCGCGGAGCCCCACAGCACACCAACUCCUCGCGGUGGAUGCGAAACUUCCUGGCCGGAGGCAUCGCCGGUUGCUGCGCCAAGACCACCAUCGCUCCCCUGGAUCGCGUGAAGAUUCUUCUGCAGGCCUACAACCCUCACUACAAGCACCUCGGUGUGUUCUCUACACUGAUGGCGAUUCCCAGGAAGGAGGGAUUCCUCGGCCUCUACAAGGGUAAUGGAGCCAUGAUGGUCCGGAUUUUCCCUUAUGGGGCCAUUCAGUUCACCGCCUUCGAAAAAUACAAGAGGGUUCUGAGCAAGCAAAUGGGCAUUACGGGCCAUGUGCACAGGCUGCUGGCUGGCUCCAUGGCUGGCAUCACAGCGGUAAUCUUCACGUACCCACUCGACAUGGUCAGGGCCCGGCUCGCGUACCAGGUGAAGGGAGAUCACGGCUACCGGGGUAUUCUACACGCGUUCAGCCUCAUCUAUAAGAAGGAGGGUGGCUUCCGAGGGUUUUACCAUGGACUGGUGCCAACCAUCAUCGGCAUGGCUCCUUACGCCGGCUUCUCGUUCUUCACGUUCAGCACGCUGAAGAGCGUGGGGCUCACCCGGGCGCCCGCGCUGCUCGGACGCCCGUCGGCCGACAACCCCGACGUGCUUGUCCUGCGCACGCCCAUCAACCUGCUCUUCGGCGGCACGGCGGGCGCCAUCGCACAGACCAUCUCGUACCCGCUGGACGUGGCACGCAGGCGAAUGCAGCUCGCGGGCAUCCUGCCCAACUCGGAGAACUUUGGCUCCAUGUGGCAGACUCUGACCAACGUGUACAAGCAGUACGGCGUGCGGCGCGGCCUCUACCGCGGCCUCUCGCUCAACUACGUGCGCUGCGUGCCCUCGCAAGCCGUCGCCUUCACCACCUACGAGUUCAUGCGUCAGCAGGGUUAUGGGCAAGGAACAAAGCAAAAGCGCUGAUUGUGUCGGGGUCAAACUCAGGGGUGAGGCUCAUGCACUCAAUUGGACCUUCUCAAUCUUCACUGUCAAUCAUCGCCGUCAUUUAAGAUCAAUCCGCUGCCGGAUGAAGGGCUUCCCCAAGCCAUUGGAAUCUCUUGUGGCUUUGCUGUCAGUCACCGUCAGACAUCCAUCAUCGAUGCACUGCUGGAUGAAGGCUAUUCCAAGCCGUCACGAUCUCUCACGGCCUCGCUGUCAUUACGGGUACAAAUACGGUUUGCGACACCUGCAGAAGGUACUUAUUGGAUGCGCGUCGCGUUAAACCGCCCAGCAAAGGUGUUAAAAACCAAAGAGAUCAAAGCAAUAUCAGUAAAACCAUUUAAUUCUGUCGCAUUUCACCCCACAUUCACACAAUGCGAUUUUAAUUUCAUUACUUAACGUAGACUUGCAAACGGCAGCUUAGUAAAUAUCAUCAGUUGCUUAAUUUGUGAUUUUUUUCAUUUUCAAAUGCCCAAUGAUUGAUUGCAUGCACACUUGCUGGGUACCACAGCGAGUUCUGUCUUCUCGGCCAUUUGGUAAGUGGCUUCUCAGUGGCCCAGGAAUGGCCCAGCGGCAUUUCAGGAUUGGCGGCUUGACCCGGGUCUGACUGGUCUCCAAUCUGAGCCCUAUGACGUCGUGCACUCGGCACCACCCCCUACAUACCCUCCGAGAUCAAAGGGAAAUAAUCGUAAAAAUGUUUCGUUGAGAUGAUGCUACGCUAAGCUCGUCUUAUUUUUUUUGUAAUUUUCGUCUGUGUUUUUUUACGCAGCCUUGAAGUUGAACUAAGCAAGCAACACCAUGACCACUCCUCCCGUUUCCCUGUAGGCCACAUGACAUCAUGACCGAGAGAAAACGUGUGCGGCAAGCUUUCCCAGUACCACGUUUCAACUUCAGAUUUGGCUUCAAUUUCAGGUCGGAGUCCGAAUUAUCUUCAGGCCAAUUUCACUUCAUUGAGCUGGCCUACAUCAACAACAAAAACAACAACUGUUGUGCUUUGCAGGAGGCAGGAACGUUUCAUUAUUUCAGCAACCAUGGUCCCGUGACCUUUUAUUUUCAAGUACUUCUGGGAAGGACCUGCCCAACAACUCAAGUAACUCGGAAAGUCACGGAGACGCCACUUUUUUUGUAUUCAUCAACUCAAGUCGAGUCUUGAGUUGGCGGUCCGUGGAAGCUUGGUAUUUGCGGCCUGUUGAGGCCGCUAGCCCGGUUCACAAACCGAGCCGCAAAUCCUUCCCAAGGAGUCGUGAAAACCCAGCGUUAGUCCGCAGACCAGUCCAAAUAUUUCACUUGGCGCUUCCAUUUGAGGUGGUGAUAUGUGAUCAGCACGAGGUUCUACAUUUGGCCAUUGUGUAAUGACCCACCAGUUUUAAAUAAUUCUAAAACAAUAAUUUUGGUCUCACAAAUUCAUUUAUGAAAAAAGUGUUGCCUCGAGAUAAUAGUCUGCUGAAUCUUGUUCUGUAUUCAAUAAAGCGAGUUUGGUGAAGGGAGUAGCGGUAAUUAUGGUGGGCUGUGAAGAAAUGAUGCAAUGUGUGGUCAUUGACACUUAAGUUGUACAUUUCCUCAGGUACUGGAAUUUAAUUCAGGGGAGGAAUGAAUUGCACUGGGUAGUAUCGCGAGAGGAUGAAUAUCUAGUCUUGCUUUACUUGUUAUCAAAAGUAAAUUGUACAAAUGUACGUGCACUGCCCUUUUAUCUAUCGACUACUGAGCGAGGGCCUUCCCAUGCCACGUGGUUUGUGGGGAGUUAUUUAAUUAUAUGUCAUCACACUGGUCGGUGCAGGCUGCAGGAUAAGUGUAAGCGCUGCAAGGAUAAGUGUCAGCGGUGCAGUGCAGUGCAAUUGGCUUUGCCCUGCACGCCGCAUCGAAAAGUAAGAUUGAUAAAUUGCUAAAUUGACCGUUUGAAUUUCCUCAUACAUUUCUACUGUAACGUUCAUAUCAAAACAAUGACCCGUCGAUUCUUAAUGCUCGCGAUUAAUGCAUUGAAUUGUGUGCAAGAAUCAAGUCUAAUUUGGGUUGAACUUUUUGUCAUUUGCCAGUGGUUGAUUCUUAUCGCUCGUGAUACAUGCAUUUCAUUGUGUAAGAAUCGAUGUUUUUCCCGAAUCAGGGUGUGAACAACCGUUGGUUGUGGUUGGUCAAAUGAAAACUGUUUCGCCACAAGUUUUUUUAACAUGCACCACAAAGGUGAUUUUUUUAUUUAAUUGAAAUUCAACCUCUGUAAAUCUUUACAUACAUAACCAUUCAAUGUGUCCCUGACAUUCUAUGGCAGUUUCAGAGAUGGGAUGCUCCUACAUCUAUUUUAUUAACAAAACGUAGUCGCACUUUCUUCAAGUCAGGGCACCUUAAGGCUUUCCUGGAUAACCCAAGGAGAUAAGUCAUACAU